AUGCGCAGUCCCAUCCCAGGCCUGGGCAGGGUGAUGGUUCUCCUCGCGGCAACCCUGGCAUCAGCCUCCCUUGCCAUCCCUGAGGGCUGGGGAGAGGAAGGUGUGCAGUACGGACAGGUGGGGACAGACGUGACCCUGUCGUGUGCCAGUGCCCGUGCCGGCUCACCAGUGCAAUGGAGACGGGCAGGUGCCGCGAUGCUGCCGGAGGGCUCAGCCGUCUGGCAGGGAGCCCUGGUGCUGCCGCAUACCAGCUUGGCCAACGCAGGAACCUACAGCUGCCAUGGCGAGGAUGGUGGCCUCCUGCAUGCCGUGUCCCUGCGGCUGGGCUACCUGCCGGGAGUCCCCUUUGUGUCCUGCAGAGCAUCUGACUACGAGAAUUUCUCCUGCUCCUGGACCUCCAGCGUGGAGACCUUCCUCCCCACCAGAUACAUCACCACCUACAGGAAGAAAUCACUGACAGGAGAAGAGAAGCGGAGGAACAAGAACGGGCACAUGGGGCCAUGCCUGCAGGACCCAUCCCGCCCCGGCACCUGCACCGUCCAUGGGUCAGAGUUCUGGAGCUCCUAUCGCCUGAACAUCACCGAGGUGAACCCCCUGGGCUCCAGCUUCCGCCUCCUCGAUGUCACCAUGCAGGCCAUCAUUAAGCCAGACCCUCCAGAGGGCUUGGUGGUGGAGCCCAUCCCCCUGGCCCCACGGCGACUCCAUGUGAGCUGGAAGUACCCCUCCUCCUGGCCCAAGGAACCCCACUUCCAGCUCAGGUUUCGGCUCCAGUACCGGCCUGUCAUCCACCGCUCCUGGUCCGUGGUGGAGACGGUGAACCUGUCUGAGGUGAUCACGGAUGCCUUCACCGGGCUGGAGCACGUGGUCCAAGUCAGUGCCAAGGAUUUCCUGGAUGCGGGGAACUGGAGCGAGUGGAGCGCCGAGGCCCGGGCAACGCCGGUCAGAGACCUGGCCACCACAGUGCGUGAAGAAACCACUACAGACACCAGCCUGGAGAGCCUGGGCGACGAACCCUCCCAGGCUCCCAACCCUGAGCCCAUCAACCACAGUGACCCACUGGAGAAGAUGGCCGUCCUGGUGUCCCUCGGGAUCUUUGCCUUCUUUGUCCUGGCUGCUGUCUUCAUCAUCACCAUCCUCAUCUGGCUCCGGGUGAGGAAACACGGCAAGGACAAGACCAAACCCCAUAACUUCUUGGUUGCUGCCACCCACUUGAAGGCACUGCCGAAGGCCCAGAUCCUGUAG